AAAGGGCAUGCUGAAACUUCAUCGAUGGCCUGACUUGAUCAACAUUGGGAAUUCCUGGGAAGAGUGAGAAAGGCCAAGAGCAGCUGGAAAAUCUGUUUUUUUUCUUUUCUUUUUCUUUUUAACAGUGCUCUGUACUCAACCUGGACAACUGGACUAAAAUAAACUGACUAUCUAUACAGUAUUUGAUAACAUGACGGUUUAUAACAACCAGUAGAGGGCAGCAAUACGCCGUUGUAGUGUGUUGUCUGCCUCAUCGAAAGAAGAAGAAGAAGAACAGAUCUCGAUAGCUAAGAUGGCGGAGGAGCAGCAGGAAUCAUCACAGGGAGAGAUGGAGGGAGUGAACUGCCUCGCAUAUGAUGAGGCUAUAAUUGCCCAACAGGACAGAAUUCAGCAGGAGAUAGCCAACAGUAACCCUUUAGUGUCGGACAGACAGGACCUGUCGGUGCUGCAGAGGGAGUACGCUGAUGAUGACACAGUUUAUCAGCUCAAGAUCAAGGACCUAUACAAAAAAUACUCGUAUAUUCGCAAGACGCGACCAGAUGGGAACUGUUUCUACAGAGCCUUCGGCUUCGCACAUCUCGAGUCCCUGCUAGAUGACAGCAAAGAGCUUCAGAAGUUCAAAGCAGUUGCCUCUAAAAGUAAACUGGAUCUGGUUAACGAGGGCUUCACCGAGUUUACCAUUGAAGACUUUCAUAAUACUUUCAUGGACCUGAUCGAACUGUGUGAGAAACAGCCAACCCUGCAGGAGGUGCUGGGCUCCUUCAACGAUCAGAACGUGUCCGACUAUGUGGUCGUGUACCUGCGACUGCUCACCUCAGGCUACCUGCAGCGAGAGCACGGCUUCUUUCAACACUUCAUAGAGGGAGGACGCUCAGUCAAGGAGUUCUGUCAGCAGGAGGUGGAACCCAUGUCUAAAGAAAGUGACCACAUUCACAUCAUCGCCUUAGCCCAGGCCCUAGACGUAUCCAUCCUGGUGGAGUACAUGGAUAGAGGAGAAGGAGGAACAGUCAAUCACCACGUCUUUCCUGAAGGCGGAGACCCACGCAUCUUCCUCCUCUAUAGACCUGGCCAUUACGACAUCUUGUACAAAUAACACUCCUGGCCACAGCCCACCUCAUCCUCCUCCUGCUGUAUGCUUACAGCAGUGGGUAAAAAAAAAUAACUUCAGCAGCCACGUUGAUGAAGCAUACAUCUGUGUAUGACAUUACACUCAUGUAUUUGAAAAAAAUAAAAAUAAGAUAAAAUCACAUUACAUACAUGCCUCCCUUACCCCUCUCCCCAAGUUUACCCUCAGUCAUCACAAAAUGGUUAAUUAAAAAAUCUUUGGAAGAAUAGAAGUGACUCCAGGCAUUUAGAGUUGUACAGGUUUUUUUUUUCUUUUGUGGUUGUAAAUGUUAUCUACUUGCUCUAUGUUGGAUUCUUUUCCUUUGUUACACUGCGUUUCAUUGAGUUUUAUUAAAGGGAUUUACAUCUUA